AUACGAAAUAGAAAAAAGAAGAAAAAAAUUAUCGGCGACGGAACCUUCCUCCUUCUAACUUUCGACUUUUGGCGUUUUGCCAAACUUUCGAGGAUGAAGAAAUAACGUCAUUCAUUACGUUUCCUAGGAGGGAGAAACUUGAGAUUGUGAUUGGUGCAGGGUAUCUAGUUCGACUAGAGCGCAAGCAAAUGAUCGUUCGCUUACCACGUGACUUGCAGCUGCCUGUGUGUAUCACGUGACGCGUCUUAUCGAAGAAAAAGUACUUAAACUUCGACUCGAAUCGCAUAGCAAUUAUUUAUGUUUAUGAUAUAACACCGCUCAUUUUUCAAGUAAUUCGUUUUUUAAGUGAUAUUGUUUAUUAAGAAAAUGUCGGCGAAAAAAAACCGAACAACGUUUAAUAAGAGUUACACAGAACAAUUUCCAUUCAUUCAAUCGUCAAGAAAAGGCGGAAGUUAUGCGUUUUGUUCAACGUGUGCAUGUGAUUUUUCGAUUUUGCAUCGUGGGAAAGGUGAUAUUUUGAAACAUAUUCAAACAGAUAAACAUCAGCGUAACUCAAAUAUUCUUUUGAGUAACAAAAAAAUUGAUCUUAAAGUUAACGAUGACCAAAGUGUUAUCCGUGCCGAAGCAUUAUUUACAUCGUAUCUCAUUGAACAUAACAUAGCCAUCAAUGCAUCUGAUCAUGCAGGACCGUUAUUUAGACGGAUGUUUCCUGAUAGUGAAAUCGCACGGAAAUAUGGAUGUGCGCGUACUAAAACUUCAGCAAUAGUGAAAGAGAUGGCGAAAUCAGAAAAGGAAAGUAUUGUUGAGAUACUUAAGAGAAGUCCUUUCUCAAUAGCUACAGAUGGCAGUAAUAAAACUGACUGCAAAUUAUAUCCUAUUUGUGUUACCUAUUAUAAUGAGGAGUUAUUGCACAUAGAGACUUCACUGUUGUGUUCACCAGUGUUAUCAUCUGACGGCACUGGAGUCAAUAUAGCAAAUCUGUUAUUGACUGCUCUGAGUGAGUGUAAUAUUGAUGUCAACAAUUGCCUAGCUUUAGGGGCUGACAAUGCCCCUGUAAUGAUUGGUAAGAAAGCUGGGGUUGCUGGAAUUUUAACAACUAAAAUUCCUGACUUAUGUAUCAUUGGCUGCCCUUGCCAUUUGCUCCACCUUGCUGCGGAAAAAGGAGCAGCUGUGCUCCCUGUAUCCAUAGAGGAGUACAUAAUUGACAUUUUCUUUUUUUUAGACAAAAGCUCUAAAAGAAAAGAGAAGUUGAAGCAAUUUCAAAAAUUGCAUGACACAGAAGUAAGGAAAUUGUUUAAACAUGUGUCAACAAGAUGGCUCUCUCUAGGCCGAUCUUUAAAUAGGCUGCUGGAGCAAUGGGAGCCACUCCUAUCCUUCUUCAAAGAAGAACUAAAAACUCAGCAUGGAAAAUGCAAUGCAUUAAAAGACUAUAGAAUUCCAAAAAAGGAUAAUUCUGAGGCUGGUACCUCGAAAGUUUCAUCUACUGGUGCUAAAAAGAGAAGCAUUAACUGUGAGUUAAACUCAUCUAACUCAAAAAAGUUUAAAUUGAGCAAAGACUUCAAUGAUACACUAUCUAAGAGUGUUUUAUCCAGAGAGGAGAGAGUAUUUAUGUUUUUAUCAAAUGAUGUAAGUAAGUCUUAUUGCUACUUCUUAGCACAUUGUUUGCCUAUAUUUGAAGAACCCAAUAUCCAACUUCAGUCAAGUUCUCCUCAGAUCCAUCUACUUCAUGAUCUUUUAUAUUCAACUUUAAGAAACGUAAUGAUUCGCUUUGUCACUCCUACAGCAAUUAAGAUGUGUACUUCUUUGCUAGAUGUAAAAUAUCAUUGUAAAGAAAAUCAGAAGUUGGAUUCAGAUUUAAUUAUAGGACAAUCUUCAUCUAAAAUUGUCAAUACUUUAAAGUUAGAGGAAAAAGAAGAAUUUUUCCAAGCAGUUAGAAAUUAUUUCACGACAGUUUGUGAUUACAUGAUCCAUAAAUUUCCAUUCAAGGAUGACAUACUUUUAAAUGCUAAGGUGUUAAAUUUGAAUGGGAUUGAAAAUGCUUCAUUUUCUAAUAUUAGAUUUUUCUGUAAUAGAUUUCCUGUCCUCACAAAGCUUUUUAAUUUUGAAAAUACUGAUGCUCUCUUAGAUGAACUGGAGAUUCAGUUCUCUUCUCUUCAGCUAGAAGAUUUGCCCGUUGAUGUUCUUUCAGAAAGUAGAAUGGAUGUUAAGUGGGCAAAAGUGGCCAAUUGCUCAAACAGAAAGUAUAAUUUAUUAUGUAAAUUUGUCCUUUCACUUUUCACAUUGCCACAUAGCAAUGCAAGCUGCGAACGGGUUUUUAGUGUUGUAACAAAGACACAAACUCAAUUUCGCUCUCAGCUAUCAAGUGAGCAUUUGGAGGACUUAUUGACUGUCAAGUCAAGCAUGAGAGCUUCUUGUUUUGAACAAAAAUUUUCUGAUACAUUUUUAAAAAAAGCAAAAUCUUCCACUUAUAAUUCUCUUAAGCAGUAAAGGGUUCUGAAUAGUGAUGCUAAAUUAACUUUUAUUAAUGAGUUAUGUGUUUUACUUAAAUUUAUGUUGCAGAUUGAACA